AUGGAUUGCAGCUGUGGCAAUCCUGGAAAAUACAAGUGUCCUCGAUGCCUUAUCAGAUAUUGCUCCAAAGAUUGCUACUCUGCUCAUAAAAAUUCUGGCUGCGAACGAAAGCGAGAGCCGAAAUUUACUCCAAUAGUUCGGCAUCCUCAUCGCAACUUUUUACUUGAAGAUGAAGACGAGACAAUAUUAACGGAUGAAGAAUUAUCGCAAAUGAGUAAUUGCUAAUCAGGGCUUAAUCAAACUUUGAAAACUAUGCUAAAAAAUGAAGAAGUAAGGAAACUUUUAAAUGAAAUUGACUCAUCAGAAAAUAGACUGGGAGCCCUGAGGUCUGUACUCUUACAAGAUAAAGAUGGGAAUUCCACGUUCCAGCAAUGUAUGGAUGAGAUGCUCAAAAGUUUAGGGUAUCUUAAUGAAGAAGGCCAAAGCACGAUUUAG